CAGGCAGAGCUCAGAGAGGAAGUUCAAAAGGAGUCUAAUGAAGAGCAGUUCUUGUAGGUUCUUGAAAUAAGAGGCGAGCUGUUGGUUUAUUGUGAAGCAGGAUGUUGCAGCGAGGGGUCGGAGACUCCGUCAUGUCUCUGUUUGUGAUACUCGGGCUACUCGUCUGCAUCCAGGCUCAAGGAACCAUUGAGACUCCUGUGUUUGUGCUGAAGGGACGUGAUCUGCUCCUGGAGCUUCAUGCUGAUCCUCCUGGAGGGCUUUCAUAUGUUGACUGGAAAAUCAAUAAAACAGUCUAUUUAGUAAGAUUUAAACCUGGUGGGAAACUAAUUGUCUUUCAUAAUGUCUCUGGAGGGUUUGAGUUUCCUGAGAAAAACUUCUCUGUGAUAUUGAAGAAUUUACAAGAGACCAACAGUGGAGUUUAUUCUGCUGUAGGAGUAACAGAUUUAGGAGACAAACCACUGACUGAAUACAAGGUCACAGUUCAAGGACCAGUGUCUCCAGUUGAACUGACCGUGGACCGAGUGGACUCCAGGAGCUCAGAGUCAUGUGACCUCCAUGUGACCUGCAGGACUCACAACUCUCACAUCAACAGCACUUUCAGAUGUGUCGACCAGAACUGCAGUCAGGAGGGAGGAGAGCGAUCAGAGGUCACGACCUCUGGGGCUUCCCUCCAGGUCUACCUGUUGAACAGCACCAUCAUCUGUAACCAUAGCAACCAGGUUCACUGGACCAAAGACUUUAAUACUGCUGAACAUCUUUGCCCUGAAAAUGCUGAGCUUCCCUCCGUGUUCCUGGUGAAGAUGGUGGUGUUCUCUGUGGGUCUGAUCAUCAUGGUGUCCGCCGUCAUCACCGUUUACCUCGUGGACUUCAAGAAGCACCAAGAAAAAAAUGGAGGUCAAACCCCUCACGCUGCACCUGGAGGAGAGCUCCCACCUAAAGGUCACCUUUUAGACCCUUGAUGAUGUUCCACUGACUCACAGCAGGUGGCAGCAACGCACCAGGAGAAGAAAAGAGGAAGACGACGCAAAGCAGCAAACAUGGACGCAAACUAUUAGGAU